AUGUUUAGACUGCGUCCCAUUCAUCCAAUUGGCGCCAAAUUUGUGAGAACAUACGCCAGGUCUACCGCCAGACCACGCGGAGUAACCAAAUGGUUUGCUCUGGGCGCGUUUGGUGUUGGCCUUGGACUCUCCUACCAGUAUUCUGCGCAGGAAAUUGUGGACAGACUAACAACUUCCCCACUUCCUAAAACUCCUCUGGAGACGGAAAGAUACACAGCCAAAUUAGAGAGCCAGCUCCAGCGGUUGCCUGUGGUGAGAAAGUACUCGAACGACCCAGACUACCAAGUUUCGCGCUCAUGGAACCAGCUGGACACCGUGAAAAACGGAAUACACUCCACUUUGAACACCCCGGGUUCGGUUGCAAUUACCCCAAUCACUUUCUACAACAAGAAGAACGGCGAGUCCAUCAGCGUAAUCCAUCUGGGCAAGAAGCUCUGUGGAUAUCCGUUCUUGGUCCAUGGCGGGAUCAUCAGUCUAAUCAUCGACGAGACGUUGAAACGUCACUGUAUGCUCCAGAAUGGGCUCACCAAGCCUGAAAAUAUCCACACAGAGAAUCUGACCCUCAAUUACAAGUUCCCAACGGUGGUUGACAACUUUGUGAUGAUCAAGUCCAAAACAGCCCACACCGACGAUGGGUCGAUCGAGGCCCGGGCCAUCAUGCAGCGUGCCAAGUGCGGCAGGACGCUAGUGAAAGCCAACGCGAAAUUUAGACCUGAGCGGAAAUGGUUUUGGAUUUGGUGA